UCCCUUGACCUAGACAGAAAACAUAAAAUUGAAAAUUGAUGGAAAUGACAACUACUGGCAACUCUGUCUUGUCUAGACUACAGUUAGCCUAUUCCAGACCCUUACUCCAGAGAUGCAAUGAGAUAGAGAACAUUAUACAUUCAGCAGGAACACAGGAAUUAAAGAAUGCCUUGCCAUCAAUAUUAUCCAAUAUAUUUGGUUAUGGAUCAGAAGUGGGAUGGCAGCUUCACUCAAUUAGUCGGGGAUACAACCUACAAGAAUUUGAAUGUGCCAGAAGAUUCCUUGGUUCAGAAGGUCCAUUGCUGACUCUCGUAUAUAAUCUUCAGACAGAUGUCAGUCUGUUGUAUGAAUUUCCUCUUCAUCAUAUACCGGGACCAUCAAGACAGAUUAUAGAAGAAGGAAACAUACCAUAUUUCUACAUAAAUAAAUUACAGACACAGGGAUAUGGGUCACAUCUUAUACUCCUGUCAGCAUUUGAAUAUUACAUGUUCCAUUUUGCCCAUUGUUUGUUAAACUGGCAGAAUUUAGCCUGGAACAACCUGACAGACAACUUGUUUCCAUGUUUACUAGAUGAUUAUCUCAAUUACUUCUUGCCACUCAAUAAAUCCACGCUACCACCUGUUCCACAUCAACAGUCACCAAUCAGAAGCCCUGUGAUACAUUCAAAGAUGUACAGUCCUGGAGGAAAAACCAAUACAAGUCCAAGAACAUUUGGAUUAUUAAAAGCUAGUUUUAUUGCAUCACAGAAACAGCAUUCCCAGAAUUCAUCAGUUUUAGGUCAGAGUGAGGCUGAAGUAUGGAGGUCAGAAACAUUGCUACAGAUAUUUAUAGAAUUUUGGUUGAAUCAGAAUGCCAUAGACAGUGACAGAAGUAUGAUUAGUCCUACACACAUGUAUAUGAGCCAUCAGUAUAUAUUUAGUCAUUUAACUGAACACUUCAUGCCAAGUUUGGAGCAUGUCAGACUUGUUAGGAUGAUGAUAAAACAUGUACACCAUUUUGUGAACACAGCAUCACAGGAUAUCAUCCCUUCACCGUACCAGACACACCCCAUGUCUCCACUGGAUGAGUUCAAAAGGUCAAUUAUACCAAAUAUGUUACAGAAGAGUAUGUAUGCCUUCCUCAGACACAGUUUUGACAGAUGGCCCUUAGACAAUUCAUUUAGAAUGGUUCUAGAGACCUGGCUAACCUACAUACAGCCAUGGAGAUACACAAGUAAAUUACCAUCAACACGUAGAGACAGCGAAGGAGAUACCAAACUGGUGGAAGAAAAAUGGUUUACAUUCAUAGAAGACAACCUUUUGUUUUAUUCUGUUCUCCUACAAGAAUUCUUCAACAGAGUAAAGAGAAUGGAUCUGAUGAACCUAGCAAACAGUCACAUGUUGUAUAGAGUGGCCAAAGUUUUCAGGUUAGAAAAUUUAGACAGCAUGUUAAGACAAGCUGAACAGGAAAUGUGUACAUCUAUAUACAGAUCAUCUGGUCACAUGACACGUGACUUGGGAGGGAGUUAUCUGUCACCUGAGUCCAGUCUGAUGUUCCAUUCACAGAUAUCAGACUUAGAAAAGCCAGGAUUUCAGUAUACUCUCAUGUUUGGAGAGAAGACUCUUUAUUCAGUAAAACAAGUAUUACAACAGUUACAACAAGUUAAAACACAGAUCCAGUAUCAGCAGGGCAGUAAACCAGUCAGAUCUGGUCUUGCAGGAUUUUUUUCUGGUUUGUUUGAUGAUAAUUCUGUCGCCGUUGGCGAUCUCACUCCAAAUGAUGUCAAGAAACUACAUAAAUUCCUGGAUGACUGUAUUAAGAAUCUUUGCUUUAUUUAUGACUUACCAGAGACAAAAUAUAUAACCACAAACACUGUACAAGAUAGUAGUUACUAUGGAAACAUAUCAUACAAUACAGAUUUAGAUAACACAUGUCCAGAUAUGACAGAAACAUGUAAUGGAGUAUCCUUAACAGAUAUUGGAAGAUAUCAGGUUAUAAACAAAAUGAAAAGAUUUGAAGUGAUGUACUCUGGUGACCCUGAUCUUCAGCCAAUCAGAAGCUUUGAAAAUGCUACUACAGUUAGACUGCUUCAUCAGUUUUGUUCUUAUAUAAAUACACAGUUUUCAAAUGAGAUCCAAACAGUGUAUGAAAGAAGAGAUUUGAUUGGCAGAUUAGCUCAAGUGUAUUUUGCACCUGCCUUACCAAGAGAUAAAAAACCAAGUUCUCCAAUAUCUGGCAAAAAUUUAGAAGAAUUACAAAGACCAAAACUCAGAUUAAGAUUUUUAGCAAGUUAUUCAACAAUGUUAUAUUUAGCUAUAUUGUUUGUGUUUUUAAAUGUGUGGUUAGGUGUUGGACCAGGACAGUAUUUAUUAUUGUUACUUGCCUGUACAUUGUUCUUUGGAUUAUUACGGGCAUUAGUUAUAUCUUCGUAACACCAGACAUUUUUAUGUACAUUAAUUUAAACAAGCAGUUUCUGGCUUUAGUUUCAUAUAAUAUUUCAAUAUAAGAUUUCCUAUAAUCAGGAUAUUAAACUUGGUCAAAAUACCACUCCCCUGAAUACCAUUUUGUUACUGUAAAUUCAGAAAAUAAUGUGAAUUGGGGAGUAUUGCAGUAAUAAGGAAGUGCAUUCUGAUAUCUGAUAUAUAUAUAUCUGUAUGCAGAUAUUUCCAAAAUCGCAAUAAUUAAUCUUUCAUUUUGUCCAUUCUUCAAAAAUCACAAUAACAAAUGUAUGCAAUAAUUUCUGAAUUUUCAGUAUUAAAAUGGUUAAAAGCAAAUUAUACUUUUGUAAGUGACUUUGUUUAUGAAAGGAAAUAAAGAUCUUAUUAAGUUCGAUAUAUGAAUGCAAGAAAUCUUCAGAUUUGUAAUAUUUUAUGAAGCUGUAACAUGUCAAAAGCUUUGAUUCUUAAAAUGUGCUUGAAGGAAUGUAUGUUAAAAUUAUAGUCAAGUUGACCUAAAUAUAAUUUUUAAAACAAUGAAGGAUCAAAUGUUUCAGCCAAAUAUUGUUUUAUUGUCUGUGCAUCCGUCAUGUAUCAGGAUCAAGUUUAGUAUAAGGUUGUUUACCAUGAAGUCAUGGCUACAUCUACUGGAAAAAGAUGCACAUGUUCAUUAUGACGAGAACUUUUCUAAAUAUAUGCCAAAUUAGUUUUGACCUAGAUUUCCUGCUUCAAUGAACAUUGAAAUGUAUAACUGUUAGCAGGGCACCAUGUCAUAUGGACACAUAUUCAUGUUUACUAAGUAAGCAAUUACUGAUACCAAAACAAUUUCAAAAAAAUUUGAAUAUAUUCUCUUUCACGAAAAAAAAUAAUGGUUUUAAUACUACCAAAACAGAUAUUUGGGGUUCCAUUGACAUGCAUGCAACCAUGGACUUUCUUGGUUGACUAUUUAAAUUAUCUUCACUAUUUCAGUUAAAUACAUUCGUCCAUUAUCACUGAACUAGUAUACAUAUUUGUUUAGGGGCCAGCUGAAGGACGCCUCCGGGUGCGGGAGUUUCUCUCUGCAUUGAAGACCCAUUGGUGGCCUUCGGCUGUUGUCUGCUCUAUGGUCGGGUUGUUGUCUCUUUGACACAUUCCCCAUUUCCAUUCUCAAUUUUAUUCAAGCACACGAAUACUGUUUUGCUAAUUGAAAUGUAUAUUUUUUGUAUGGAAUGAAAUAAUCUCUUGGUAUGAUUUUAAAUAACAACAUUUACAAUAGAACGGUCAUUGUCAAAUAUAUGUAUCAAAUAUCUAUAGAGUGUAUUAAAAUUAAAUAUGGUUGUUGUACCGGUAAAAGAAAUCAUAUCCUUCUAAAGGAAUCAAAAAUUUUCAUGAAUUUUAUGUCUGAAUGAAUUGAAUGAAUUUAAAUAAUGAAUUUAAGAACUGACAUUUUAUAUUUAUAUAACAUGUAUAUCAUAUUUAUAUGUAUUAUAAUUGUAAAUUCAGAAAUUCUUACAUGUUUUAAUUAUUGCAAUAAUAGUUGGGGUAGAUUUCGCUAAAAAAAAAGGUCACAUUUUAAAUUUUGAAAGCAUUAUUUGUUUUGCAACAUUACCUGAAAUUAUUAUUGAUUAUCUCAUGUUUUUUCCCCUGUUUACCAAUUGCAAUAAUAAAUGCUUAAAGAAAUGUCUGAUUUCCAGCAUAUCAUCCACAUCAGCAGUAAAAAGGAAGCACUUCUAUAAGCAAGGCAACUCAUUUGUUUCAUAUUUUAAUAUCUGUAGAUAGUGAACUUAUGUUGAUAUUACAUGUAUGUGUAAAUGAUGGUGUCAAAAUAGAUUUGAUUAAGAAAAGCAUUAUAAUUGUUAUGCUUUAAUUUAAGGGAAAAAGUGUUGUUCCUAAUCCCAUGGUGCUAUUUGAAAAUACCUUGUAAAUUCUGUGAAAUUGAAAAUGGACUUUAAUACAUUUUCACGACUAGUUAAAUAAAAUGUAAACAAUUUGGAAAAGGAAAUUUAUAAUUUACAUCAAAUUUCUUUAGUCAAAGACUUUGGAAAUAUAUACUAAUGAAUAUUCUGGUAUUAAAAAUCAUUGGCGCAUUAAUAUAGAAAUUAAUUUGACGAUUUUCUGUUUGUUUGUGGAAAGUAAGUGUCAAAAUUUAGGAUUUUCUGGCAAAAUGCUAGUUAUAAAAAGUAUGUUAAGGUCAAACCUUCUAAAUAAUGGUCAAAGUUUAGGUUUGGUAAGGAUAUUUAUUGAUGAUUUUAAAUAUCUUAAUUUUAAAUGUCUGGGUAUUAUGUUGCCAAAAAGUUGUUUAUUGUACCUUGUUGAAUCCAAUUAAUGUCGGCAAAUAUUGAAAUGCAAUUAUUAAAUACAGGUGAAAUGAAUAUAUGUAUAUCUGAAAUGUCAUGACAACACAAAAUAAAUGCUUAGUUUCUCAAA